AUGAGACUCUUUCGAUCGUUAGCGAAUAUUAUGGCGGCCAUUGUGGCUCUCCCAUCACUGGCCUCGGGCGAAAAGAUGCUCAUAUCAAAUUCACUCAACAGCUGCCAAACCAACUCCAAGUUCGAGGCCAGCCUUUUCAACGUCGUAUACACACCAUCCAACAACUCUGCAACUAUCGAUGUAGUCGCCACUUCCUCCGUACAGGGAAAAGUCUCAUUUCACGUGGUCGUUCUGGUCUAUGGUCUGAAAAUCAUCGAAACCGACUUUAAUCCAUGCGGGAAGAAGGGAUUGGAGGGUAUCUGCCCCAUGGUGGCGGGCAAGACCAAGUUUACCUGGACCAUUCCUGUCCCUGCCGAAAGCACCAAGGACGUCCCCGGCAUUGCCUUUGGCAUUCCCGAUUUGGACGCGAUGGUACGCGUAAAGAUGAAUCUGAUUGACACCAAGGAUCAAAUCGCCUGUGUCGAGGCUAGGAUUUCCAACGGGAAAACCGUCGAUCUCAAGGGCGUCAAGUCGGCGACGGCCAUCAUCGCCGGCUUGGCCCUCUUGUCGUCCGCGGCCGUGAGCGGACUGGGCCAUCUAAACACUGCUGCUCAUGUUGCUGCUAAUUCGCUCUCCUUAUUUGGGUACUUUCAGGCCCAGGCCAUUGUUGGACUGACUGGCCUCCGCCUCCCUCCGAUCGUGCAAGCCUGGACCCAAAACUUUCAGUGGUCCAUGGGAAUCAUCCACGUUAGCUGGAUGCAGAAGAUAUUUACUUGGUACCAACGUGCCACCGGUGGGACGCCGUCAAGCCUCUUUUCUACUCUGAGGACCAUCUCUGUUCAGGUUGAGAAACGUGGUCUAGACGUAGCCGAAGCCGCCGAGUCACUCGCUAAACGUGGUCUCUCCAUGCUUCCCGAAAGUGUGUCUAGUACGGCGGCGCUCAUCCUGAAGCGUGCAGGAAACAUCACAAAUGAUUCGGGCUCCUACCUGGUCUUUGGCAUCCAACGUGUGGCAUUCCGAGCCAAAAUUGAGUCGACUAACCUCUUUCUCACGGGUCUAGUCUGGUUCUCCUUGUUCGUCAUCGUCACCGCCAUUGGUGUUGUUGCAUUCAAGGGGAUUCUCGAGUUAUUUGCAUCAAGAGGUCUCGUAUCCAAGGACAAGUUUCUGGAAUUUCGGAACGGCUGGCGCAUUAUUCUCAAGGGCAUCAUGUUCCGCGUGUGCCUUAUUGGAUACCCGCAGAUUGCCAUUCUUUGCCUGUGGGAACUGACGCAAAUCGAUUCGCCAGCAUUGGCAAUCUUGGCCGUGGUCUUCUUUGCCGCUGUUUCCAUCAUUCUCGGUUGGGGUUCUAGUAAGGUCAUUCGAAUUGCGCGUCGGUCAAUUGCCAUGCAUAGAAAUCCGGCCUAUAUCCUCUUCUCUGAUCCGCAAGCCUUAAACAAAUGGGGAUUUCUAUAUAUCCAAUUCCGUGCGUCGGCCUAUUACUUUAUUGUCCCGGUCCUCGGUUAUAUCCUAAUCAAGGCCAUGUUUGUCGCCUUUGCGCAAAAGGCUGGCCUCGCACAGGCAAUCGGCUUCCUCAUCCUUGAACUAGCUGCUCUUAUUGCAUGUGCUGUCCUGCGUCCCUGGAUGGAUAAGUCGACCAAUUCGUUCAAUAUCGGCAUCUACGCGGUAAAUUUUGUAAAUGCAAUUUGCUUGCUGAUCUUCUCUGACGUUUUCGGUGCACCUGGUAUUGUUAUUGGCGCCGUGGGUGUUGUAUUUUUCGUUCUUAAUGCUGCGUUUUCAUUGAUUCUGCUACUUAUGGUCAUUAUUUCUACGAUCUUUACCUUCUUCCGGAAAAAUCCAGACGCGCGCUAUCAGUACAUGGCUGAUGAUCGUGCUUCGUUUAUGCGAUCACAGACUCAUCUGACAACCACCACCGAACUGGACGCCUUGGCUGCCACGGCCCGUGGUGACAAAGGAGGAUACAAGGCGCAGCUGGACUUGGAAGAUGACGGGCAUCUUCAUCCGAUGCAUGGCGGCAACCGAUCCGCUAGCCCGUCUUCACCGGUAAACCCGUCUAUGCCGCUGUUCCCGUCCAGCAGGGAGCAAAGUCCAUUCCGAACCCCGUCUCCUACUCCCAGCGUUGGACCGUAUGGAGGCGCACCGCCGUCUUACCGGCAGGUAAACAACUCAAGGUGA